AUGCCCCUACUCUUCGACUUCAUCGAUCGCCAGUUCAUCACCUUCCCACCACCAGUGCACACCUCUUUCCUAGGCCGUACCGUGAUCGUCACCGGCGCCUCCUCCGGGCUAGGCCUCGAAGCCAGCCGCCUCCUCACCACCCUGCACGCCACGCGCAUUAUCCUCGCCUGCCGCAACCUCGACAAAGGCCGCGCCGCCGCCGAUGAAAUCCGCCGCUCCAAUUCCGACGCCACCACUGCCCUCGACGUUUGGCCGCUCGACCUCUCCUCCUACGCCUCCGUUCUCGCCUUCACAGACCGCGCCGUCACCGACCUCCCCCGUCUCGACGCUGUGAUCGCCAACGCCGGCAUCUGGCCACACAAAUACCACCAGACCAAAGACGGCAACGAAGAGACGCUGCAGACCAAUGUCAUCGCGGCGGCGCUGCUGGCGUGCGCGCUGCAUCCGAAGCUGGCGCGGACCGCGGCCGAGCACGGUGUAACGACGCACAUCACCUUCACGGGCUCGGAGCUCUAUGAGUUCGCGGCCUUCAAGGAGCGCAAGCAGGCGGCGGAGGGGAAGUUGUUGGCAACGUUGAAUGAUGAGAAGACUUUUGCGAAGACCAAGGGGGAUCGGUAUAAUGUUUCGAAAUUUCUCAUCCUGCUGGUCGCCAGGCAGAUGGCAGCGUUGGCGCCGGUCAAGGGCAAGGGGGUGGUGAUUAGCGUCAAUGCGCCAGGCAUGUGUUACACAGAUCUCGGCCAGCAGGACAUCAAUCUCAAUGCGGCGGUGCGCAGGAUCAUCAAGAUGCUCGCCAGGAAGCCGGAAGUGGGUGCGCGGGCGCUGGUAUAUGGGGCAUGUGCUGGUGUUGAGGCGCAUGGCGGGUACUUGCCGGAUUGCAAAUUGACCGAUUUGAAAGGGCUCGCUGCUGGCGAGGAGGGACGGAAGUUGCAGGAGUGGGUGUGGCGGGAGUUGAAGGUGGUGUUGGAGGGCGCGAGGAGCGGAAUUACUGAGUUGUAG